AUGCGUGCGGCCAUGGCGAGCCUCCUCAACCGCGGAAGCGCCUUCCUAACCAUUUGCCUUGCCAUCCUUUGCUGCACCGUUAUACAAGGAAGAGAAGCAGACGACCCUGUCCAGUUGAAACCACCAUAUUUCACCUCAUCGGCUGGCAAGCAGCUGUUGUCAGCUUCCUACUCUGGCUGGCAGUAUCCACUGCUCAGCCACUUUCGAACUAGAAGAACAGCGUUGUUGAAUAAGACUUUUAGGGGAGAAAAUUAUCAUAAGAUAUGGAGGAAUAAUAUUUUUGUACAAGAUAUGAUUAUGUUUACCGGUUUAUUGCAUGCUUCUAAGUGUUGGCUGUGUAUGCACAUGCCGCCCUUUGCCAGUCAUUCCGGCAUAAUGCUUCAUGGUGUGCCUGUCAAUGGAUCUUUUCAAUUUACUAAUAUUAUAUCCCCUAAGCAAACUUUUUGGCCUCCAGUACAAUUGACCCUCCAUGAGCCUGCCCCCAUUUGUUUUCAAAUUAAAGAGGGGAAAGAAUCAUGGGGCAUAUAUCCAAACUGUCAAUAUACAUUGAAUUUCACUUUUAAUAGCUCUUGUUCUCUUACAGGAACAUACAGUGACCAAUCUCAGUGCUAUAGAAGCGAUACCAGUGCAUGGCUAAAAACUAGGAAAGAAUCCUACCAUGCAAAUUGGAGUCUGAAUUCUUCUAUCCCUGGCUUAGCAAAUGCCACAGAUGAGCAAUUUCAUAUCAGUUCCUUAUUUACUGCAGCCUUUUAUUGGUCCCAACAGAGUAGUAAUAUCAGCUAUUUACUCCAAAGAGAGUUAUGGUUGCUUUGUGGCGAAAAAGCAUACAAAGCCAUUCCUCGAAACCUCACAGGCACAUGUACAUUGGGUCUCGUGGUUCCAUUGUUGUAUAAGGUUGAUAAGUUACCAUCUUCUCUUAGACUACGAAAUCAUCGAGAGGUUAAUUCGCCCUUAAACCAAUAUAUCGGUACCCAGAUCUCUCGGGCCUUGCUGCCCUCAGUGGGCGCAGCAAUGAACUAUAGGGACCUCCAUCGGCUAGCAAAUUGGACUGAAGGAUUAUUCAAUGAUACCAUAAAGGCUUUGAAGAAUCUCAACCAGGAGGUGUCUGCAAUGAGAGCGGUGGUUUUACAGAAUCGUUAUACCUUGGAUGUGAUUUUAGCCUCAAAAGGAGGAGUUUGUGCACUUGUUCAUUCUCAUUGUUGUAUGUUUAUUCCUGAUAAUAAUGUCAGCAUAUCUGCGACGAUUGAUCAUAUGGAAACCAUGGUAGCUCACAAUCCGUUUGCUCCUCCGCCUUCCGUUGAUCCAUGGGCAUGGUUAUAUUCUUGGCUUCCGGAUGGAAGUUGGCUUCGACAUUUAUUGAUUUUAGUGAUCAUUAUAGUAGUUAUUUGUGUUAUUUUGUGUUGCUGUAUCCAAUGUAUUCCUUCUUUAAUUUCUAUAUGUACUGCAUGGUUCUCCAGUCCGCGGCCCGCUUCCGGUGUCACAAGAGUCGCUUAUCGCGCUCGAUAUAACCGUAUUGGUACUGACAUAUAUGACUCUGAUUAA